AUGAUGUUGAAUGGCUCGAAGUAUGUCGGAGGUGCUAGAACAGCCACCCCAUACCAACUCCGAGAUAUGUUUGUUACAUUCCUAACCAACUGCUUCGUUGCAAGCCCUAAAGACCUAUGGGAACACUCAUGGAAAUCAAUGAGCGAGGACAUACUUCACAAGAGACAAAGGAUCUUGGGUCACACAAAUCUGGAACUGGAUGAUGAGACCCUUGAGCAAUACACGUUAAUCGAAGUCGAAAAGUUGAUGCGAAUGCAUGACCGCUCAUUAAAUGAUAUUAAAGAUAUGCCAAAGAUCAAACCUGUUUUACUAAAAGAAUUGAGGAACAGUUUGUGGAACCAAGAAAUGGAUUACGAUGUUGCCGAGGAAACACUAAGACAUGACCGGCAGUACAACUUACUUAACGCCGAGCAGCGUACGAUUUAUGAAUCAGUUUUAGACUCUGUUGAUAAAAAGGAUGGGAAACUAUUCUUUGUAUAUGGUGCAGGUGGCACAGGAAAAACAUUCUUAUACCAAACCAUUAUAUCCAGACUUCGCUCGAGAAAACAAAUCGUUCUCCCGGUUGCUUCUUCAGGAAUAGCCGCAUUGCUACUACCAAACGGGAGAACAGCUCAUUAUCGCUUUAAUAUUCCUUUGAAGCUCGAUGAAAAUAAGCUCUGCAACAUCAAACCAAAUACAAUGAUGGCUGAACUAAUCGAGAAAAUGGACCUCAUAAUUUGGGAUGAGGCACCUAUGACACACAAGCAUGCUUUCGAAGCACUAGACAAAAGUUUGAAAGACAUAAUGUCUAUAAAAAAUCCACCCGCAAAAGAUCAAACUUUUCGCGGCAAAGCAGUUUUGUUAGGUGGUGCUUUUAGACAGAUCCUACCAGUAAUUCCAUAA